GUUGUUAUCUCCCUUUGAUAUGAAUUCGCCAUUUGCAGAUAAAAAUAAGAACAUGCUCGGAUCAUUCUGCAGUCAGUAUUAUUUAAUAGGGAUAGUGCCAAGAAAGAAAUAGGACUGUACAGUUUUAAGAAAAACUCAAAAGUCAGUGGGGAUAUCAUCAUAUUACAAGUUUGAUAAAAUGCAACAUUUAUUACAUUAGAAAGUAAAUAAUAGAUGUUAAUUAUUAUAAAUCAAGAAUUAUAAAAGGACGAUUAAAAAAAACCAAACCAUAUGGAUUGCCAAGUCCAAGAUUUAACCGAGGUGAUGCUAGAUAUAGCCCCUGUUAACACAGGUACAGACAUUGCUUUACAAGCUGUGACAGAGGACAUUGAACCCCGUGUUAAUACAAGUGCAAAUCUUGUUUUAGCACCUGAGAUGGCAGGGAAUGAAUCCCAUGAUAAUGCAGCCAACGAUUUACCUCCUGAGAUGUUGGUAAAUGAUUUUCCUGAUAAAACAAAGGCAAAUAAUAUUUUACCCUCUGAUAUUACAAUGCAUGCAACCUCUGUUAAUGCAGAUACGAACACUGUUUUUCUUCAACCCUUGGAAUUUAAGGAAGGAGUAGUGCAAAAGGUGUGUGAUUUGUGUGGAGCAUCAUUUAAGAAAAAGCCUUAUCUAAAUAGGCAUCUUAAAAAAGUACACGGAGGUAAAAAGGUUGCCAAUCCAUUAAAUGUAACAGUAUCUUUUGAUGAGGCUAAAUUUCAUGAUACUAUUGAGGUUGACCAUACUGAUCUAGAAGAAGAAGGUACAACAAAUGAGAAAUAUCAAGUUGAUAAUACCCACACUGAUGUAGAUUUCAAAUCUACAAUAUCAGAUACUCAACAGGAUAUUAUGAUGGACACAUCAGGUUCAAUGGAAAAUCCAAAUGAUGGUAUUACCAUUAGUUGUAACUCUACUGUUGAAACUAAAAGAGCUAAAUGUGCUAUUUGCCAAUCAUCUUUUAAAAAAUCUUUAUAUUUGAGACGUCACAUUAAAGUUAAGCAUCCACACCUGAAACAACAGGAGAGUAAUGUGGAAGGUACUUCAAUUUAUCCUGUUGAUGCAAAACUAAAUGAGAAAGAUGCAGAUGGACUAGUAAUAAACAAACAUUUUUGUGAAAUUUGUCCAAGAUCUUUUAAGAGAAGGGCAUACUUGCGACAGCAUAUGAAGAAGUUCCACAUGGCACAGAGGUCCAAAGAUGGAAAUUCUUGCAACCAAACCUUAAACAAAGCAAUGCCUGGGAAGGUGGCUGAAAAACACGACACACACUCUGAUGAAAAACAAGCAAAAAGAGCAGUUUCAAGUAAUAUAUUGCCGUUAAACCUUGGUACAAAUGAGGAAAUUGCAACUGGUACAAUUUCAAAUGAAAAUUUAGUAAUAAAUACUGGUGCUUGUGUAAAGGAAGAAUUUCCAAUAAGCCUGGACACAAAUAAAGAACAAGGAACCUGUAGUGCUCAGGAGGGGAAUAUUUUUCAACUCGGUGUUCAGUUUGAUUGUGUAGAUGGUUCAAUUCAUAGAAAUAUUGAAAUUAUAGAUAAUGGUAACACCAAGGUGUCUGGCAAAUCAGCUGUUAUAGAAGGCUGUACCCUUGGGGAUAUGUUUGUUCAGGUAAAAGACAUCAUUGGAGAUGUGACAUUAAAACCAGAAAAUAUCACAUUUGAACUUAAAGGGAAGGGUAUGACCCUAAAAGUGAAAUAUUAGUAGAAAUAAUUUUGUAUGUGCCUUUUGGCAUUAACAUAUGAGUUUGUAAAUGGUAUAUGAUAGAAGUAAUUACUUUGUAAAUGGAGAACAACAGAAAGAAAGCAUUUUUGUUUGCUAACUUGAGCAAAAUGUGCUCAAGCUGAGCUUUUGAUGUUUUUGACUUUAUUAUGACCCUUUGUGUAUUUUUCCUUAUAUAUAGAAUAUAUAAUGAGCAAUUUCUUCUGUGUGCAACAUCUUGUACAUUUUCUCAAGCGAUUUUGACAAAACUUUUACAAGUGCCCUGGGUUUUGUGAUUCUAUAAGUUUUGACCUAAUGAUGGCCCUUUGUUUUUUUCCCUUAGAAGGGAUAUAUAGUGAACCAUUUCUUCUGUGCCCAACUCCUUCUAAUUUCUCAAGGGAUUUUGACCAAACUUUAACAAAAGCUUUGUCUUCAAGUGCCCUGGCACAUAAUUUAGCAGAUUAGUGAUUGGAUAAGUUUUGACAUAAUUAUGGCCCUUUGUUUUUUUUUCCAUAUAUGUAAUAUAUAGUGUAAUAUCCUAUUUAUCACAACUACUACAUUUAACCUAACGAACAGAAACCAUUUUGUUAGAUGCAAGCCUGCCAGCUCAUCUGCCUUCUUUUUGGUCCAGUAAAGUCAAGGUCACUGUCACUAAAAAUAGAAAAUCUGUUUACAGUUAUUAUCCAGAGUACGGAAUUAAAUAUUUCAAUUUAACUUGGUUUAAAGCAAGCUUACGUAAAUUCAUUGCACAUGAUUGUUUUUGGGCCCCCUAGGGUCAAGCUCAAGGUCACUGUUACUAAAAAUAGAAAAUUUGUUUCCGGUCAAUAGCUUUUAGUUUGGAUUGAGAUUAUGUAAAUGAAACUUGGUGUAAAGCAAGCUUUUAUAAAGGCCUAGAUUGGGGUGGGUUUUGGGCAUCUCAGGUCAAGGUAACUGUUCCUAAAAAUGGAAUAUCAGUUUCAGAUCAAUAACUAGAUUUUGUAAUGAGACAUUUUAAUGAAACUUGCUGAUAAGCAAGCUUUAAUGAAGACCUUACUUGUUAUUGCUUUUACCCCAUAAGGUCAAGGUCAUUGUUACUAAAAAUAGAAAAUCUGAUUCAGGUCAGUUAUUAAGAGUUUGCAAUGAGAUAUUUCAAUAAAAUCUGGUGUAUAGUAAACUUACAAAUGUAUUGGAAAAUUUUGCUUGGUAUUGCUAUUGGGCCCCUUAGGGCCAAGGUCACUGUUACUAAAAUAGAAAAAAAAUCAUUUUCAGGUUAAUAACUAGAGUUUUGAAAGAGCUGUUUCAGUGAAACUUAAAUUGGUGUAUAGAAAGCUUUUGUAAAGCUCUCAUUGAGAUUUGAGAUUGCUUUUAGAGCUCAAUAUUAAGGUCUAGGUUAUUGUUACUAAAAAGAAAAGUUUCUGGCCAAUAACUAGAGUUUGGAAUGAGAUAUUUCAAUGAAACUUUGUUUGAAUCAAGCUUAUGUUAAGAUUGAAUCAAGCUUAUGUUUAGACUGCACUAAGGGUAGCUUUUUGUGCCAUCUAGGGUCAAGGUCAAUGUUACUAAAAGUAGAAAAUGGUUUUGGAUCAGUAACUAAAUUUAUGAAUGAGAUAUUUUUAUUCAAAUUGUUGUGUAGCAUUUCUAAUUGAAAGCC